AUGAAUCAUAUUCAUCAGCGAAUUCCUCGUCGAGAAGAUCGACUCCAAAAUCGAACAGUCUAUAUCAAAGGUGAACUGUACACGUUACUCAGUCGAUUAGGAAGUGGAAAAUUCGCAUCUGUAUGGAAAUCGACAACUCGAGAUGGUCAAUAUGCUGCAGUUAAAGUAUUUGACUUUAAUUAUUCGCGAAAUAAUAUAAACUCCAGUCAACGUGUGCGUUCAUUUCGAAAUGAAAUUCAAAUGGCUCGACGCAUGCACGAAGAAAUGAACUAUGUUGCAACUGUGUAUGCGGUUGAUCUUGACCGACAGAGACGGAUCGGUUUUAUAGCCAUGGAAUUAGGGAAUAGGCCGUUCAGAGAUAAAAUCGAAGAUCUCCAUCAAAUGCAUUUCCAAUCGCCAAAGACUGGCUAUGAUUAUAUCACAGCGAAAGAUCGAAAGAAUAUAUGGAUCCAGCUGGUCAAUAUUCUCUGUGCACUCUAUCGGCACGAUGUAGUUCACCGUGAUAUUAAACCAGCUAACUUAGUAUUUUUUGGAUCAACUCUGAAAAUAAUCGAUUUUGGCAUCGCUCAGGAUGCAGUUGCACAGUACAAUCGACAUCAAAGAGGUGGUAAUCAUCCUUAUAGUGCGCCCGAGUGUUUCAGUCAAUAUUUACCUAUCACAUCACAAGCUGACAUUUGGUCAGCAGGUUCCAUCCUCUAUUAUUUGACAUAUGGCAAAACACCUGUUUAUGAGAGUCCACGACCGCCAUCCGGUGCACCACAAACAAAGUCACCUCUCGUUCGAAAUAUAUUAUACUAUUCUUUUCAAAAGAAUCCAAAUAGACGGGCAAAUCUUCCUUGGCUAGUUGAACAUCCGUUAACCAAAGAUAAAUAUGCUCUGUUCUAA